AUGGAAAGUUACUUACCACCACCUCCUUCGUGUUCUCAAUCGAUGUCAAGUGAAGGCAGUGAAACCAGCUCUAGCCCCUCAUGUAUUGCAGCAACAGCAGCUGAAGGUAGAGCUGAAGCACGACUCAUUAUAGAUGCCCAGAUCAAGCAAGAACAGGAGGAUGUUGAUGGGAUGUGUUCAGUUGAAGACAUCCCAAUGUCUCCUCCAAUCUCAGAGAUUCCCACCCUCCCAUCAGAUUUCAGACCACAGCCCAUGCACAGGAAAGCUGCAAAGCAUUAUGUCCCGAAGGAGCAGAAGGAUGACAAAUAUUGGGCAAAGAGGGCGAAAAACAAUCUUGCUGCAAAGAAGUCUCGAGAUACAAGGAGAAUAAAGGAAAAUCACAUCAUUCUCAGGGCUUCCUUCCUUGAGGAA